AUGAGUAAGAAGACAACGAUCAAACCAUCCACAGCAGCUGGUUGUAAUAAAAACUCAGUUCUUGCGGCAGCCGCAACAACGACCCAAGCAUCUGUACAAAAACUUUCUGUUAACUUGGAAACUCAUGCAUGUUUGUGGCUGGAUCAAGAUGUUAAUUCAACUCAAGAUAAUUUAGAAACACAACAACAACUGCGCAAAAUAAUUAAUUAUAUGCAAACAUUCGAUGAUUUGGAGAAAUGCGAGGACUACAUUCGACAAGCAAAAAACGAAAAAAUUGUUCUUAUUGUAUCUGGUCGGUUUGGUAAAGAAAUUAUCCCUCGCCUACAUGAUUUAGCACAAUUUAGUGCAUGCUAUAUCUAUUGUGGAAACAAAGCUGCAAAUGACAAGUGGGCCAAAGCUUAUCCUAAGGUAAAAGGUAUUUUUGUUCAUCGUGAUAAAUUAAUAUGUGAGAUAUCUACUGAUCAAGUAGCUCGUUCAAAAAUUGAAGACACUAAUGUCUCUAUAUCUAUAUUUACUAGAUUAGACAAUGCUAAAGAUGCGCAACAAAAUCUACAAUCGAAAAAGGCAGUGUUCCUUUGGUUUCAGCUUUUUAUCGAAGUCUUGCUUCGAAUGCAUCAUAAAUCGAGUGCCAAAACUGAAAUGAUCGCCAUUUGUAAGAAAUAUUAUCAAGGUAACACAGACGAAGAAAAACUUAUUCAAGAAUUCGAGCAAAAUUAUAAACCAGAGAAUUCAGUUUGGUGGUAUACAAAAGAGUCAUGUCUUUAUCGCAUUCUGAAUAAAGCAUUGCGUUCACAAGACUUUGACAUGAUAUUUGCAUUACGAUUUUUCAUUACUGAUAUUUCAACACAAUUGAAAAAAGAACACAAUCGCUUUAUUCGCAGCACGAUUCAUCGGGAACCCAUUAUUCGCGUCUAUCGUGGUCAAGGAAUUUCAACGGACGAAUUGAAUUUGAUGAAAGACAAUAUUGGUGAAUUUAUAUCAAUGAAUAGUUUCCUGUCCACCAGUAAAAAUCGGACAACGGCGUUAGACUUUGUGCAAACUAUCAGUAUUACACAAGACAUGCAACGUAUUUUAUUUGAAAUUGAUAUUGAUACACGUUUACCAACAGUGCCUUUUGCUGCAAUUAAACACUUGAGCUGUUACAGUGAUGAGAAUGAGAUUUUGAUUAUGCUUGGAGCUAUAUUUCGUAUUAAUAAGUUGGGUUUUAAUGAAAAUCAUCGGGUAUGGUUAGCAGUUGUGUCAUUAUCAAGUGAAGAUGAUUAUGAUUUGAACGAAACGUUCGUAUAUAUGAAAGAGAAAAUCGGUGAUGAAACAAAUUUUGAUUCCCUUGGAAAAAUUUUGAUUCACAUGGGUGAAUAUGAAAAGUCAUACAAAUAUUAUCAGCAAUUACUACAAGAAUCCCAACUGACUGUAGCUAGUUCUUAUGUAGGUCUGGGUGCAUCUGCUCGUAGAAUAGGAGACUAUCCACUAGCUCUCAGUUAUUAUAAAACGGCAUUAGAAAUGAGAGAAAAUAUUCUUCCCAGUGAUCAUCCUGAGGUGGCUGACUGUUAUGGUCGGAUUGGAGUGGUAAAUUGGAAAAUUAAAGAUUAUGAUAAGGCGCUAUACAACUGCGAGAAAGCUCUUAACAUACAGCAAAAAUCACUUCAUUCGAAUCAUAUUGAUAUCGCAGGUACAUAUCAUACAAUGGGCGUAGUCUACGACGAUAAAGGAGACUAUAAUUCAGCACUUAAAUAUUAUAAUAAAGCUUUACAAAUUCGUCUUGUGUCUUUACCUUCGAAUCAUCCCGAUAUUGCUGGUAUGUAUAAUGACAUUGGAUGUUUAUAUGAACACACUUCUGAUUACAAACAAGCGUUGCAAAACUACCAAAAAUCUCUCGAUAUGAAACGAAAAAUACUUCCACCUUCUCAUCCAGAAAUUAGUCGUACUGAAAAUAAUAUUCGCAAUAUAAAAGACAAGUUAAAAUAA